CAAAGAAAAAGGCCCAGGAGGAGAGAUAGACUGUUCGGAAGAGCGACGCGCGCUUGCAUCAUACCGGCCAUUUUAGAAGCUUCGGUGCUUCGUUCCGGAGCUUUCGAUUACUUCGCCGCACGCCUAUUAUUCUCUCUGUCUCUAUUUGUCUUAUUAUCUGACUCUCUUUUGUGUUCCAACUGGAAACGGCGGGGGAAGACAAUACUAGAAAAAGCAACACGCAAAUAAUAAAAAAGAAGAUAGAGAUAGGGAUUGAAAGAUAGAAAUUUACAGACAAAUAGGAAAAAAACGUGCUGCCGUAUAGGUGCGCGUGUCGUUUGUCGGCUCGAUGUACGAUUUAAUUAUUAAACGUGGAAAGUAUAGAUAGUAUCGGGCGUGUUCGUGAAUAAUCGUUAUUUUCGUCUUCCAUCAUCAGUUUAAUUCACGAAAACGAGGAAACGAUAUAUCAGAGAAGAUGGUUGAUGACCAGCAGUUCUGCCUUAAAUGGAACAAUCAUCAGAGCACACUAAUACAAAAUUUCGACACGCUUUUAGAGAGCGGUACGCUGGUCGACUGCACGUUAGCAGCGGAGGGGAAAUACCUAAAGGCCCACAGGGUAGUCCUCUCCGCGUGCAGUCCAUAUUUUGAGGGCCUUCUCAGUGAGCACUACGAUAAGCACCCUGUAUUCAUACUCAAAGAUGUAAAAUUUAAAGAAUUGAAGGCAAUGAUUGAUUAUAUGUACAAAGGAGAAGUUAAUAUAUCCCAAGACCAACUAACGGCACUCCUUAAGGCUGCCGAGUCAUUACAAAUUAAGGGCCUUUCGGAAAGUAAAACGGGUGGUAGUAAUGGUAAUAAUAAAUCACUUUCGAGGGUAUCUAAAGUCCCUCCACAACCAAGGUCAUCGCCUUUAAAUAUUUCCUACGCGUCUGCCGGUCUCAACAUUGAAAGGAACAGAGUUCCCAGACAGGCAAGUUCAAUAGGAGAUUUGCCAGAAGAUUCGCACAGUCCUCAAAUACCUAAGGAACAUUCUUCGAGCAGGGAAGGUUCGCAAAGUCCAACAUCAAAAAGAAGAAGAAAACUUAGAAGAAAAAGCGCCGGUGAAGAUACUUCUGUUGAAAAUCAUGAAGCAUCGGACUCCAACGAUAUACCUCAACAAAUGGGCGUGCCGGCACUUGCGAUAGCACCUGUCGCGGACGAAAAAACGAAUGCGGAUCCAACGGACUCUCUCGGCAGGUCAACUUUAAUGACACAGCUAACAAAACCUGCCGAUGAGAUGCUACAGAUGCCACUAGAAAAUCCUGAACCAAGCGAUAAUCUCAUUGAGCCAAAGUCCGAGUAUAUGGAGGACCAGGAAGAAAGUGUCGAAGAUUUGACGCUGGAUGAUGACAUGAAUGAAUUAAAUGAGAUUGAACGGGAUACGAACAGAGCAGGACCUUCCCAUGACACGUCCCAACAUCCUGACGAAAGAGACGAUACAAAUAUUUACGACGAAUGCGCGGACGUCUUGUCUGACGUUCCGGACGACUUGGCCGAUUGGGAAGACAUUGAAAGUCAAAAAAGUGAAAGUGAAGCAGAAUCGUCGGAGGAUAGUGAAAUACUUCCAAGAAGAAUUCGGCAAACGCUACUACGGUUGCCAACUGAUUCGGAUGAGUCAGACGAAGAAGACAGUGCACAAUGGUCAGAGUUUGAUUUACCGAGGACCAAUAAUGAAUUUAAAGGAUCUCCGGGUCCAAACAUAUUUCCUAAGGAUACGCAGAGCGUCGAGGACAUCACAGGAUUAUAUAUUGGGAACGAUUUAUUUGAAUAUAUUUGCAAUGAAACCAACAAGUACCACAGUCAAAAUUACGAUAAAAGGAAACAGGAUAAAAAAAAUGCCAAAUUUGUGGAUGUUACGGCACUCGAACUGAGAAAAUGGUUUGGGCUUGUUAUCCUUAUGAGUAUUGUAAAAAAAGCAAGGAUCGAUGAUUAUUGGUCAACGAAUCCGUUGAUAGACACACCGAUAUUUCGCAAAACGAUGUCCCGCAACCGAUUCAGGCAAAUAUUAUCAUUUUUACAUUUUUCUGACAACAACAAUAAACCGAAUAAUGUCGACCGGCUUUUCAAAGUGCAAUUCAUAAUUGAUUACUUUUCCAAAAAGUUUAAAGAAAAUUUUAAUCCAAGUCAAAACAUUUCAAUUGAUGAAAGAAUGAUACCGUGGCGUGGACGGUUGCAUUUUAAAGUUUACAAUCCGUCGACAAUUACGAAAUAUGGCAUACUCAUUCGGAUGAUGUGUGAUUCGAUUACGGGAUACAUUUCUUCAUUCAAGAUAUAUUCCGACGUUGGACAGUCUUUAGCAAAAACAGUAAUGGAACUAUUGACACCUUCCUAUGGAAAGUGGCAUCACCUCUACAUGGAUAAUUAUUACAACAGUGUAGAACUUGCAGAGAAUUUGCUUGAGAAGAAAAUUCGAGUUUGUGGAACAAUAAGGCAAAAUAGAGGAUUUCCGAAAAAAUUAAAGCGCGCAAAUGUCAAUGUAUUUGAAGCUUGUCAUCAACGGAAAGGUGAAGUACUCGCACAGGUAUGGAGAGCUUCGGAAACUAAAACGAUACGAAUGAUCUCUACAAUACAUAAUGCCACUUUGAUUAAAACGCAAAGAACAUGUAGAAAAACUAAUUGCACAAUAAAAAAACCUGUAAGUGUAUUAGACUAUAACAAAUACAUGAAAGGAGUGGAUCGGGCAGACCAAUAUUUGAGUUAUUACCCUAUAUACAGAAAAUCUAUAAAAUGGUCCAAAAAAGUUUGCAUGUAUCUUUUUAAUUGCGCAUUAUUUAAUGCAUUCCGUACAUGUCAAUAUUUCAAUACAGAACAGAAGAGUCUCCGAUUUCACGAUUUUUUAUUGAAAGUGUGCGAUUCUUGGAUAAAAGACCAUGUACCUGGUUCUGAGCAAAACUUGGAAGUUGCCACUACAUCGCGUGCGUCUCAUCAUGAUCCGAUUGACAGACUUUCAGGUCACGUAAAGCAACACCAACUAGUCCUUAUUUCCGAAACGAAUAAACGAAAACGAAGAAACUGCCAUGUAUGUGCCAAAAACAAAAAAAGAAAAAUAACAAACUUAAUGUGCAAGUCUUGUAAAGUUGCCUUACAUCUUGGAGACUGUUUUGCUGCGUACCAUACGAAAGAGAAAUACUAAGUACCAAAGAAAAUG